ACAAUUUAAAAAGAUUAUUUAAUUGAUUAAAUACAUUUACAGUCUAUGAGAUAUGGAUUUGGACUCAGUUUACCCAGAUUUAAAUGCAUUGACACGCAGCUUGGCCAAAUUAGUUUACGAGGAUCUAUUAAAUGAUGAACGCCUAAGCAACAUUAAACCGCAGUUUGAACAAAGUCUUAACGUAUUUUAUUUAACCGCGGAUAAGGAGACGAUUAAACAGGUUGCUUUUAUACCCCUACCACACUCGAAGGACAUCGAUUUUGGUCUAAUAAAACUGCUGCAACAGAAACUGGAGAGUAGUAGGAUCUGUGUAGCCAUUGUUGACAACACAGGCAAUAUAUUGUAUUACCAAAUCGAUGAAGGCUUCAAUUCAGAUACAUAACAACAACUGUAUCCAAGAUCAUUACACACUCUCUUCUUCGAAUUUAAUAAAUUGUAUAUAUUAUUGAC